UAGAGUUUAUAUAGUUUAAGUUCACUGUUUGUCUUCCUAAUAAAAUAAAAUAAAAUAAAAUAAAAUAAUAGAUUUUCCGAGUUCUCACUAAAUUACCCGAAAUGUUAAUUACUAUUUUUUAUCAGAAGUUGAUUGAUUUGCGAAGAUUAAUUUAUUGGCUUAUAAAAACUAAUUGAUAUGAUAAAGUGCGCCAAAGCACAAAAAUCUGCGUAAUGAUGUCGGGCGUGAUUUUGUUUUUCUCUUCGUUGUUUAUGGGUUUGGUUUCCGCACAGAGUGCUUCAUCCCGACUGGUAACCAUAAGCCAGGGUCCUGUGAGGGGCUAUCGAAUUCCAAACGCGAAUAUUUUCGCUUUUUACAACAUACCUUAUGCCUCUGUCACAGAAAGAUUUAAGGCCCCUAGUGCUCCACCUACAUGGACGCAACCUUUCGAAGCUGUAGACAGAGGUAUCAUAUGUCCACAAUUUGAAGUCGGUUUGUAUGACUUGACUAAAAAAACUAUGCAAGAAGACUGUCUAGUAGUCAACGUUUUUGUACCUGAUACGGAUGAAGAUAAUUUACCUGUGCUAGUAAGUGUACACGGAGGGGCGUUUCAAAUCGGCUUUGGAAACAGUCAAAGUUUUUUAAAUUUAUCCGAAAAAAAUAAGGUCAUUACAGUCAACUUUAAUUAUCGUCUUGGAAUACUCGGCUUUCUUUGUUUGGGGACAAAGAGUGCUCCAGGUAAUGCAGGUUUGAAGGAUCAAGUAGCACUGUUGCGUUGGGUGAAAACUAAUAUAGCCAAAUUUGGCGGAAACCCUAACGAUGUAACUAUAUCUGGAUGCAGUGCCGGAUCAGCUUCCAUCGAUCUUCUAACGACAUCUACAGCGGCGAAAGGUUUGUUCAACAGAGCUAUAAUGGACAGUGGAGCCGGUGUUGGAGCUUUUGCUGUUCCAGUAGAUCCACUUGGAAAUGCAAAGAUCACUGCGAGAGAUUUUAAUGUUGCCGAAUAUGAAAAUAUAAAUGUACUUGAAGAGUUUUACAGGAACGCUCCAGUUAAAACAUUAACGUCACGUUCCUUUAUGGGAAAUCGACAUACAUCUGUCGACUUUUCUCCAUGUGUGGAGCGUGAGACGGGAGAAGAAAUAAUUCUGUCAGAUGCUCCAUUUAACUCUUUAAGUUCGGGAGGCGGGCAAAGUUAUCCCAUGAUCUAUGGUUUUGCUGAUAUGGAGGGUAUUAUGAGGUUACCUUCCUUUUUUAGAUGGGUAGACGAAAUGAAUCAAGAUCUGUCUCCAUUCCUACCGGGUGAUCUAUAUUUCGAAUCCGAAGAACAAAAAAGGCAAGUGGCUCAAAAAGUUAAAGAAUUUUAUUUCGGCGAGGAGCCCGUUAGUUUAGCCACAGCAUCGUCUUAUGUAGAUUAUUUUACCGAUGUAAUGUUUGCAUUCCCGAUGUUAAAGGCGGUGAAAUUGCGCAAUGAAAACGGAAAUCCGAUUAUUUAUCUAUACGAGUAUUCAUUUGUCGACAAUGAUUUUAAAAUUCCUUACUUUAACUUGAGUGGAGCUGAUCAUUGCACACAAACGAUGGCGGUAAGGGACGAAGAUGAAAGUAACAUUACAGCUGAAUAUAGGAAAAUUAAAGCCAUCAUGAGAGAAAUAUGGGGAAAUUUCAUUAAGACUGGUAAUCCAGUGUCAGAAACAUCAUCGUUGCCUCCGUGGCCUAUAGCUAACGCAGAAAGAUCACCACACAUGUCUAUAGGUCAGGUGGUGGAGCUGAAGGAUUCACUAUUGGAAUCCAGAAUACGUUUUUGGGACGAGAUCUAUAGUCAGUACUAUAGGAUACCUGCACCCCCUAACGUUCCAGGCUCUUCUGGCCAACACGGAAUAUCAUAUUUUGUAUUUAUUUGUAUUUUGCUAAUUAGUGGAUAUUUUAAUUUUUAUGUAUAAUUAGAAACUGAGUUUCUCUUUUAAUUUUAUUUAUUAAUGGUUAAUCUGGUGUUAAGCCAUCAGUGGAAUAUGUUUGCAUUACAAACGGUAGUGCUGCCUUGUCUCUCAGAUGUGAUGUCUCAAUUACGCUGUGAUUAAACAAAUAGAUGUUUUGAUUUAGAAAACCUCAUAUUUUUUCCGUUUUUACGCUUUCAUGAUACGCGGUUACCAUUGUCAAAGAUAAGUAUGUAUCAGCUGUGUCAAGCUUAUUUUCCAACGUCGUUUGAAGAGGUACCAAACUAUUCAUUAGACCAGAAUCUUUGACAAACCUAAAUGUUCUUGUCUAUCAUCCAACUAUAUCAUGGUUUUUAAUUGUAUUUUUACGUGUAUGGUUUUUUUGUUUUUAUUUUAUUUGAUGUAUCCAAAUGGAGAUAAAAUAAAAAUAAAUAAAAAAAGCCCUGAACAGAGCAAUCUGGAGAGACAUACUGGACCAGGCUAAGGCCCACCCUGGGCUGUAAAAUGGAGAUGUAAAAUAUCAAAUUAAAAUUUUAAGCAAUGACAAAACUAUAUAUAUGUAUAGUUAAUAUAUUAUAAUCAAGUUAUACUAUGAGUAAUUAAAACGCGAGCUCUGUGGCUCCAAAGCCUAGACUGCUUUUCAGAUAAUCAGUAUCGGCCCAGAUAAUUGAAUGAUCUGAUUUAUUUGUAAGGUAUAUAAGGAAUUACACUAUGCAGACAACGCACCUAUUAUUAAAAUAUUUAAUAUAUUUAAAGUUCUAAUAAAAUACAAAGUGCAUUAAUUAAA